AUGGCCAGGCCGGGCUCCGAGAUGGCCUCCCAGCUCCCGGGCGCCCCCAGCUCCGCAAAAGCCCUGGACCAGGACGGGAAGACUGCGCUCUGGAGAAGUAACGUGCAGCUGUCCUCGCUCCACAUCCGCGAUGCCGCACAUCGGCCCCGCAAGCUGCCCUGGGUAGCCCUGGUCAGGGCCUGCGGCCGCUUCAAGCUCUCGCUCUUAGAGGCGCGGCGGGGCCGGUUGCUGCCCUCUCUUAACCCCCUGGCCGUGGGCAAUGACUUGCCACCGCCGGAGAAGCACUGGAUGCCUGAGAAGGCAGCGUUCUGGGGCGACCAGGAACCCCUCUCCAAGAUCCCAUUUAAAAUUAUGAGGGGACACCAGCACAUUGUGAGUUCCUGUCACUUCUGUGUGGAUGACACAAAGGUCCUCAGUGGCUCCUAUGACUGCACCGUGAAGCUGUGGGAUGCCAUGGAUGGAUCUAUUGUUCGGAAUUUUGAGCCGGUGCCCGGAGCUCCUGUUUUAGAAUGCAGCGUCACGGCUGACAGCAGAAGAAUUAUUGCAGCAUCUUAUGACAAAACAGUGAGGGCUUGGGACCUUGAAACAGGCAAGCUGCUGUGGAAGCUCAGUCAUGAAACCUUCAUAGUCUCCUGUAAGUUUUCCCCCGAUGGUAAAUACGUGGUCUCAGGCUUGGAUGUGGACCAUGGAAUCUGUAUAACAGACGCGGAAGACACCACCACCGUGUCCCACAUCAAAGAUCAUCACAGGAUGUCAGUCACAGCAUGCUGCUUUGACCCAGACAGCCAGAAGGUGGCUUCCGUCUCCCUGGACAGGAGCAUCAAGAUCUGGGAUGUGACAUCCAGGGCCACGCUGCUCACGAUCACCAAAGCACACACCAAUGCAAUCUCAAACUGCUGUUUUACCUUCAGUGGCCAUUUCCUGUGUACAAGCUCUUGGGAUAAAACCUUAAAAAUAUGGAACGUCCAUACAGGAGAGUUUCGAAACCGUGGAGCCUGUGUGACUCUGAUGCAGGGUCAUGAAGGUUCUGUGAGCUCCUGCCACUUUGCCAGAGACACCUCUCUGCUUGUGUCUGGAGGGUUCGACAAGACUGUGGCUAUUUGGGAUGUAGGAGAAGGCUACCGGAAGCUCUCCUUGAAGGGCCAUAAUGACUGGGUGAUGGAUGUUGCCAUUAGCAACAACAAGAAAUGGAUCCUGUCUGCUUCAAAGGAUAAGACCAUGAGACUAUGGAACAUUGAAGAAAUUGACCAAAUUCCUUUGGUAAUCGAAUACAAAAAGGCCCGGGGCUUAAAGCUGAAACAGUGUGAAGAAUGUGACAGGCCUUUCUCCAUCUACGAAAGUGACAUCUUUUGUGAAACAGUCACCAAAUGUGUGUUCUGCCGGAUCGAUGCAAAAGACUUGUCAACAGAGGCCUCACCAUCAUCAGAAGGGGAGGUCUCACUGUCAAGGGGGUGCAGCCUGGUUGAGGAUGGCUGA